UCCCUCCCCAUAGAAUUUUCGCUCUACUUUCGCGGAUCACACGUCGUCCUCGGAUCGCACGUGCGGAGCGUGCGUCCCGCGCUUUCUCGCCGGAGCCACCGCACGGGGACGCGCAUCUCCCCCGAAGCCCUCGUUCUCGUCCCCGCUCCCCCAUAUCCCCAAUUCCAGACACCUUCAAAACCCUAAUCGCUCCGCCCCCCUCUUCCACGAUCUCCACCACCCCCUCCCAAUUCCCCCAAAUCUCCACCCAUCCAAACCCUAGAUUCCCAAUCCCCGACUCCCCAAUCCGAUUCCGCUGAGAAUUCCCGGGGAUGACGAAGCCGAGGCGCGGAUUCCGCGCGAUCUCGCACGCGUCGUGCGCCCUGGUAUUGCUUUUCUUACUCCACAGCAGGGAAUUCGUUCUUAGAAACCCUAGUCCUCUCCAUCCCCGUCGCCGCGCAUCCGAGCUUGUUGUCGACUCGGGCAAUCCGUCGAACACCUCGCGGAACGUCCAAUCCGCGGCGCACCCCGGCGCCGCGUGCUCCGGGGUGGCCAAACACGAGGGCUUUAGCACCAAAUGCGAGUUCUUGAGGUCGCACACGGAAUGUUAUGCCGGCGGGUUCUUUGAUUACCUCUCUUUCUUCUACUGCACUUGCGCGAAUUUCCCGCCGCUCGGCUACGCCGUGCUCGCGUUGUGGUUAAUUGCGCUGUUCUAUUUGUUGGGUAACACCGCAGCUGAUUACUUCUGCUGUAGCCUUGCCAACCUCUCUAAGCUGCUGCGGCUUCCCCCGACGGUCGCGGGGGUCACGCUGCUUCCUCUCGGAAAUGGCGCGCCGGAUGUGUUCGCGAGUAUCGCGGCAUUUUUAGGUUCGGGCUCCGGUGAAGUUGGAUUGAAUAGUGUUCUGGGUGGAGCUCUGUUUGUCACUUGUGUGGUUGUUGGGGUGGUCUCUUUAUGCGUCGCGGAGAAGGAUGUCCAAAUUGAUCGGAAAUGCUUCGUUCGGGACGUGGGUUUCUUCCUUCUUACGCUGAUUUCGCUGUCCCUAAUCUUGAUUGUGGGAAAAUUGGGUGUUUUCGGAGCAUCUUUGUUUGUGAUGAUGUACAUUGUUUAUGCCUUUGUGGUGGCAGCUAAUGAGCUUCUCAGGAGGCAUGCUCGAAUGCUAAAAUUGCAUGUGGUGACGCCAUUACUGCCGAUUACGAGCAGUUUCUUCUCUCAUGGAGGAGAUGAGGACGCAUCCAUUUAUAGCCCAUUUCUGGAUGAUGAUUCGAUUGGUGAUGUGCCGCAGUUUCCCUCGCUACCUCAAUGGAUGUGGGCUUCGAAUGUUGCAAUUUACUCAAAUCAUGAACAGUCGAGGCCUCUCUGGGGUUGGGGUGAUCGGGUAGAUGAUGAUAAGCCGUUGUUAUUCAAAAUUUUAGCUUUAGCAGAGAUGCCUCUUACUUUCCCUAGAAAGUGCACUAUUCCAGUGGUUGAAGAAGAUAGGUGGUCAAAGCAUUAUGCGGUCGCUAGUGCCACCUUGUCGCCGCUUCUUUUGGCAUUUCUUUGGGAUACCCACGACAACAAUCAUUCGAAGGUCAACAUUAUUGCUUAUGCAGUUGGCGGCAUUUUGGGUGUACUUCUUGGUGCCUUGGCUUCGCUAUUUACUAGUUAUGAACACCCCCCACGUAGAUACCUGCUCCCUUGGGUUUUAGGAGGCUUUGUGAUGAGCAUCGUGUGGUUUUACAUUGUUGCAAAUGAACUGCUCGCACUUUUGAUGGCCAUGGGUGUAAUUUUGCAGAUCAAACCUUCUAUUCUUGGUUUGACGGUUUUAGCAUGGGGUAACUCAAUGGGUGACUUGAUGUCCAAUGUGGCUUUGGCACUCAAAGGCGGCGAUGGUGUGCAAAUUGCUUAUUCCGGAUGUUAUGCUGGGCCAAUAUUUAACAUACUUGUUGGGCUUGGGGUUUCUUUAUUGCUUGCGGCAUGUUCUGUUAGUCCUGUAUCCUUCGUGCUUCCAAACGAUAGUUCGUUAGUUUACACGAUGGGAUUUCUAAUGUCUGGACUCAUUUGGGCUCUUUUCAUUCUUCCUCGAAGCGAUAUGCGCCCUAGUAAGUUGUUAGGUUUUGGUCUCAUUGCUCUUUAUCUAAUCUUCCUGUCUAUUAGGGUUUCUGCUGCAGCUGGAACCUUGUAGUUGGCCGUAACCAUCCUUUCCUAAUUGGGAAGUAUGUUUUGUUUCAUCUUUUCUUAAUUUGAUCACAAGUGGAUGUAGAUGAUGUAAAUGAUCUAAUUGAUAUGGGGGUUCCUGCUAUUUGUUGUGUUUAUCCCCAUCGUCUUGUAUAUUUGAUAGAAAUAAAAAAUUUCCGGAGUUUAUCACUGAAUCACACAAUAUUACUUUCGUUCCUCUACUAUGCACAUGCAUUUUGUCACUUAUAAGAGCAUACCUCUGGUGUUGCGAUUGUUGCUGAGACCGACUAGAAAACACAGGUAUGCUUUGGACAUGAAAUUAUGUAUGAUAAAUUUUGCUUCCUUUAUCUUGCUAAAUUAAAAAUUAGGCCUUUUGGCACCAGUUAUUGUGUGGUUUCUUCGAAGAUAAGCUUAUGUUUUUCGACCUUUGAAAUUCUUUAGCUGAACUUACCAUUGUGGGAUGCAGGAAUAUUGUUUUCUGUAACCUGCCUUGAACUUUUAGAGUUUGCAAGGGACUAGGGAAGUGAUGCGAAUGCAGCAUAGCCUAUGAUUCGAGUCAUGUACCCAUCGACUUGAUCCCGACUAUAACUUAUGAUAUGCAUAUAUUCCUUAUCGUGGGAACCAAAUCAUUCGCAUGUCACCUUUCCUUUUGUUAGCAUCUGUGUAUAAGUGCUUUCGAUGAGCUUCGAAAUGUUUGUAAAUGGUGUGUGGUUGAGGUUUUAUCCGGAACCUUGAGAAGCCUUCCAUGUGGCUUCAACCAAUUCUUUAACUCCAGGAUCUGGUAUUCAUUGAA